AGCGAGAUCAUUAACAGACACGACACUCAGCGAAGAAGAACGAGCGAGCGAACACCCUGAUACAAUACGGGGAGCGCAAACCGACAUAAAACCGCGCCUUUUGAGAUCCAUCAACACCAUCGUCCGUUAAAACGGGUUUAACUGCAGGCUUGCCAUUGACGUUUCCCGUUGGAUUUGGGAUUUCGGUCGGAUGCAUGCCGAGCGCAAACCGUUGGUUUUCACUGCAGUAUAACAGCUCUGUCUGAUCCUCCCCCGAGUCACGGAUUUGAGAGCAAGGGAAGCAGCCCUAUGCAGCUCCCCGAGUGACCAGCGACCGACAAGUACACAGAGCGAGACAGAUUAUACCCCGCAGCAUUGCACGUCGCCCCGCUAGCGAGACGGCACGCAGGCCCGGGCCGCUCUGUUCCUAGAACAGUUCAGCGUUGGAGAAUUGAUUUGAUUUUCGCCUGCUAUUUUGUUAGAUCACCUUUUUCUCAACGGUGCCUGCUCUUGACGCCAUUUUCCUCUGGGUUUUCUUUACCAAAAAAAUCUUGCUCCAUUUGACAGCUCCGCGGGAGGCUGUCAUCCCAUCCGUCGGUUGAGUUGGUGUGGCCAAAUGGAUUUUAAAUUAGCUUGAUGAAAUAUUUACACGACUCGAGUGUGUGACAACAUUAGACAUGGCCUAUCUGUGGAUGGUACCAGUGGGUCUACCAGCCCAGCACCAGUAGCUGACCCUACUACACAAACCCAACAGACUCUCUGCACUUCUAUUGGCUGGCAGCUACUGCUUCACCCUUCCUGAUUGGUUCUUGCAAGAGCAUUGAUGGAGCCAAGGGAUCUGGUUGGCUCAGUCCGAUUGAAGGAGGUGGAGUUCGAGGAAGGCAGGGCGGUGCCAAAUCAGGAGGACCAGGAAGUAAUUGGCUUGGUGCAGGGGGACGAUGUAAUCGACCACAUCAUCGGUGAACGCUGGGCGACCUCUGGGGAGGGGCUAGAGGAGCCAGGGGAGGGACUUGAGGAGCAAGAGUUUUCCAUCAAGGAAGCCAGCUUCCAGGAAGGUAGUCUGAAGUUAAAAAUACAGACCACCAAGCGGACCAAGAAGCCCCCCAAGAGUCUGGAGAACUACAUCUGUCCUCCUGAGAUUCGCCUGAUAGGAGAGAGAGGCCCGCGGGGGGGCCGGGGGGGGCGACUGGGGCAGGAGGAGGAGCGAGGGCCGCCCAGGAAGAGGACGUAUGAGCGACUGUUCCGAGCAGUGGAGCAGAGAGAGGGCGGCAUGCUACAGCUACUGGGAGAUCACACACCACCCAAACACCAGCACACACACACACAAGCACUCACACACACACAGCUCCAGCACACAAACCAACUGUCCCUGACUCAAACAAACCUACACACUCCAAACUGGGACAUGUUCUCUCCUAUCCCAGCCAAUCACACAGACAGCUCUGUGGAACAGGCAGCCACAAAUAGGAGUUCUUUAAUUGACACAACCUACUCCCAGAGAGGCUCAGGAAGCCCCUCCCCUCUGAGGUCAAUGACUCCUGAUCCUCAGUUGCCUGUUGUAACAGAUGCCAGCAUCCUGAACCUCACCUCUCUCAGCAGGGGGAGGGGUCUGCAGGAGGUUAGCGAGCAGCUCUUCGGGAACAUCAAGAGGAAAUAUGGCAGGAAGGACUCCCAGAGGGUGCUGGGUAAUACCCACAAUGCCGAGCUGUGGGUGAAGCAGAUAGAAAGAGGUGAGGGACUGCAGGAUGCAGAAGAGAAGCAGAGGGAAUGGAGAGCGGAGACCCAACAGCUGCUACUGGAAGAGAGGGAGGAGAAGAGCAACAUGGGCAGGAGAGGAGAAGAGGAUGACAGAGAGAUGCCCAUGCUAACGGAGGAGGGAAAAGGAAAGAAGAAGAGAAUAAGGAAGGCUUUCCAGGAGUCAUUUUCCCUGGAGGACCAAUCAGAGCAGCUGCUGGAUGCGGAAAUCCCUGAGAAGUGCCCCCAAGGGCCCCCUGACCCCAAAGUGGCAUCCAAAAUGGUUGCCAGAAAACGUGAAUCUGGUCUCAUAAAACUAGCUGAGCUGGAUGAAGAGAGGGCAGGUAGAGGAGGGAAUGGUGAUAGAACAGAGAGAAGAGAGAGAAAGAGGGUGGAACCAGUCUUGAGCCAAAGCAAGAAGAAAAACUUUGCUGUCCGCCCUAGGACCAGCUAUGAACCCAACCCCACUCUGCCUAGCUCCAAUCCCACUCUGCCUUUCCCCAACCCCAAUCUGCCUAGUUCCAACCCCACUCUGCCUAGCUCCAACCCCACUCUGUCUAGCCUCAACCCCAGUGCCAGCCUUAGUCCCAGGCCGAGAUCCAAUCUCAGUCCCAGGCUUAGGCCCAGUUUCAGCCCCAGUCCCAAGACAAACCUUAGCCUCAGCCCUGGAUCCAGCCCCAACCUAAGCCCCAGCCCCGGACCCAGACCUAACCUAAGUCCAAGUCCCAAACCUAGACCCAAUCUUAGUCCCAGGCAAAGACCUUACCUUAGCUCCAGUCCCGGACCCAACCUUACCCCCAGCCCCAAUCCCAGGCCCAACCUUAGUGCUAGUCCUAAACCCAGGCCUAACCUUAGUCCUAGUCCCAAACCCAGGCCCAACCUUAGCCCUAUUCCCAGACCCCGGCCCAACCUUAGUCUCAGCCCCAAUCCUACACGCAACCCUAGUCCCAGACCCAAUCAUACACCCAACCCUAGUCCCAGACCCAGGCCCAACCUUAGCCCCAGUCCAAUGCCAAAACCCAGGCCCAACCUUAGCCCCAGUCCCAGACCCAACAUAAGCCUCAGCCCCAAUCCCAGGCCCAACCUUAGCCCCAAUCUCAGUCCCAACCUUAGCCUUAGUCCCAACCCAAGGGCCACCCUUAACACAAUCUCCAGGCCCAGCCCCACCCCUACUCUAAGGCCAACUAAGGAAAAAGAUAGGUGGUCCUAUCUGAAGGCGAGGAGUCCUCCCAGCCUCAGUCCCCGGGACAGUAUUGACCCUCCCUCUGCCUUGUCUGACCCCCCCUCAGCCUUCCCCAUCACCCCCUCCAGCCCCUUGUACACUAACACCGACAGCCUGACCGUCCAUCCCCCACCGAAGAGGAAACGAGGACGCCCCAAAAAACAGCCCCUCCUAACAGUAGAAACGAUCCAUGAAGGCACCUCAACCUGCCCCCCAAGCCCACCUCACUGCCACUUCAACGCAGGGCUGGGCCGUGGACGGAAGACCCACUCACUAACAUCACUAGCCCAAAUUCCGUCCUCUAGUGCCAACCCUAAUGGUCUGCGGCUGCCCCGCGGGAGGGGGGGCCAUGCCAGGCAGGUGAAGAGGCUGAAGCUGGGUAAGGUGCAGAGCAUCCUCAACGAGAUCCUGUCAGGCUCCUCACAUAAUGGCAGCCUGGUGCUGAAGUCAUCCUCGGCUCCAGUCACGUCGGCUAUGACAGCCGUGGCCUCCAGCAUCGAGGCCCGUCUGGGCAAGCAGAUCAACGUUAGCAAGAGAGGAACCAUCUACAUUGGCAAAAAGAGAGGUAGGAAGCCCCGGGCCCAGGCCCAGGCUAACCCUCCCAGAGCCAGUACCUAUGACAACCUCCUAGUGCCUUCCACCCCACCCACCAAUUCUCGCCCACCCUCUUUCCGGCCAGGCCUUUAUGAGGCCUCCAUGCCCAGCCUGCAGCCUGUCUCGGCCCUACCCUCAAAGCCCUCGGGCAGGGGGGCUCUGCUGGGCUGGAAGCUGUCCCCACCCCGCCUGCUGGCCCACUCACCCUCCCAUCUAACAGAGGGGGCAUCAGCCAAGGAGGUGACGCUGUCUCCCAUCAGUGAAUCGCACAGCGAGGAGACAAUCCCCAGCGACAGUGGUAUCGGCACGGACAACAACAGCACGUCCGACCAGACUGAGAAAGGCCCUGCUUCCAGACGCAGGUACUCCUUUGACCUGUGUGGCCUGGAUGCUGCAGAGGCUGCAGUUCUGGAGGCGUCCAGCCGAGCCAGCAGAGGGCGCUGUGAGAGGCAGGUGGCAGUGGUGGACAGUUUCCUGUCGCAGCAAGAGAAGAAGCAGAAACACCACCGUAGGAAGAGGAAGUGCCUGCAGAGUCGUGACCACCUGCACUUCCUGUCUGAGCUCGAAGAGGUGAUGGUGAAGAUGCAGCAGCUGCGCGUGUCUCAUCGACGCUCAACCUGCUACUCUCAGCAGUCUUACCCCUCUAUCUUCCACCACUACUACCCUCUGACCUUUCACCCCUAUGCCUGCGACUCCACCCCCUACCUGCGCCGGAGCGCCCAACUCAAAGCCAAGAGGAGGCGUGGCCGCCCCGCCAAGAUCAGCCAGCCAAUCCCGGCCAAGCUGCCUUUAGUCCAGGGCUAUGGCUUUCCGCUGGGUGGGGGGAAUUACUAUGCAGCUCCCUAUGCCAUGCCUUACCCCCCCCCUCUGAGCCUGGGGUACUACUCCCCUCACGCCCCCCCUCUCUACCUGCCCACCCACACCCUGGGGCCAGCACCACCCUCGCCCUUCAUGAGGCCGGCCGGCCCCCCUCCCAAAGCCUUUCACCCUGGGGGCCACGCCAAGAUCCAGGCUGGGGCCAAGAUGCGAGUCUCCAGCGCCCCACUCCAAGGUGUUUCUGGUCGGGCGGAGGGGGCCCGGGGCUCCCUGGGGGCAGGGGGAAGUGGAGGUAGCUCUAGAGCAGUGGGGCUGGGAGGGGUUCGCCUCCACAAGAGGAAACACAAGCACAAGCACAAGCACAAAGAGGAGCCCCUCCUCUCGGCCAGAGACAGGAAGGAGCUGGGCGGGAUCUUCAGCGGGACCCUGCUGAGUGACAGGCGGGAGAUAGCCAAUCAGAGCUCCUCUGUGUUUGUGGAGAAACAGAGGGGUGUUUCCAGGUCAGAGAGGGCUCUCUCUCUAGCUGAGGCCCAUUUCCACUCACACCAGUUAGGGCAGCCAAUGAGCAGCUUCCUGACCAACUACCAUGGCCAAUCACAACGAGCCUCUGAGCUGUUCUCUGAUUCACACGAAGAGGCAGUCAGUGGGCGGAGUCAGAGGAGGGGACUGGCGGUGUUUGGAGAGGAGGGGAUGAUGUCAUUCAAAAACGCCAGGAAGGCAGAAGGUCCCAUGUCUGAUUGCAGCUCACUCACAGGUAAGAGGAGGUACAAACGGAGGGAGGUGGAGGAGAUCCAGAAGGAGGUGAGGAGGAGCUUUGAUCACGUCCAGAAGAUCCUGCGCGUCAAGCGGCUUCAGCGACAAGCCAAGACGGGAAACAACGUUGUCAAGAGGCGACCUGGUCGUCCACGGAAACAGCCGCUGGAGGAGUCUGAGCACACUAGUCAGAUGGAAGAAGACAGGGGAGAUGGGAGGAGCCUCGGGAUGCCAGUGCUUGAGAGGUGUGUCGAUCUGCCAGGGAGGCGGAGUUCAAGGCCCGGCCCCGCCCCUCAGCCUCUCGAGUUCUCCAAUCACGACUCAAUCUCGGCGGCCAUUGAGACGGUGGUGCACCGAGCACGCUCUGUAGCAUCCCCGCUGGCCGGUGGUGGGAAAUGCAGGGGCCGCAGGAGGGAGGAGCUGUGGUCUCCCACCAGCCAAUAGGAAAGCAGCAUAGAUCUCAGGGAGCAAGAUGGUGGGACCGUCCAAUGGCUCCCCACGCUAAAUCCUUUUGGUUGUCAUAGUGUACUGUAUGAUCUGGCCGAUGCUAUCCAAGGACAAGUUUCGCUAUCUAGGCAUUACAGGACCAGAGGAUGCUGUGUCUGGUCCUCCAAAUUGUAUGGUACUCCAGGAUAAAUUCAUGUCUUAUGGUCCUCUACCAUGGUACCCUAGAUCUGUAGCUCCUACAAGCUUGUGUAUGCUCCUUCUUUUUGACGUUGGUGACGUUUAUUUCAUAAGUGGGUGUGAUUGUGGCCCAGCCCAUGUCUUUACCUCCACCUCUCACCCUUACACACACCCCCCUCAUCCUUCCACCCCCCAUCCCUCAUCCCUCCACCCAACUCCUGCCCUAGGCUCCAACAUCAAGGCAAUAUGAAGAAUGAAUGAACUGAGAGAGGGAGGGACGGAUGAAGGGAGAGAUGGACUGAGUGAGGGAAGAAGGGAUGGAGGGAGGGGUGAGCCUGUUCCAGCCUAUAGCAGUGGGCUGGCUAUACAUAGAGACAUGUGACCAGUCAUCUUUCAGUGGAACUAGGUAACCUGGCAUAUAUUUACCAGACCAGUUCUACCUUAUACCUGUUCAACCAUAGAGCUGUUCUACCGUAGACCUGUUCUACCUUAGACCAGACCUGUUUUAUCUUAGACCUGUUAUACCAUAGACCGGUACUAUCUUGGACCUGUUCUAACUUAGACCUGUUCUACCUUAGACCGGACCUGUUUUAUCUUAGACCUGUAUUACCUGAGACAGACCAGUUCUACCUUAGACCUGUUCUACCUUAGAUCAUGACAGUUGUGCAUUGUUUCAUAACCAAAAAACAGACAGGGGUGUGACGCAAUACAAGCUUGUUUUCAAACAGAAUGAACUACAUAUAUGUAGUAAUUCAUUCAUUUGUUCAUUCGCUCAUGUUUUUUAUACCAGCAAAGUGGAUGUGGGGCCAUCUUGGUGAACCUGGAACUUGGUUUAAUGCACUAUGAAACAGCAGACACUUACAAAAAUCCAACACAGCACUUCCAGACCUUGUUCCAGGCCUGGUUGGGACCUCUGUGACCCUGGGCCAGAUGUGGCCACAAAUAGUCAGUAUUUCAGAAAGAAUACAAACAUUGAGUCAGUAUUACAUUGGGAACUGUCUUAGUGUGAGAGCCCCCACCCCACUUCCUCCCCCCGUUUCCCCUGUGCCUUACGUUGGGUUAUUUUAGUGUUUCAUGUCACCACAAGAGAUGGUUGGAGAUAGCACCUCCUUAUCAGGAUUGUUGACAGAACCCUGUAUCUAGCUGUCCCGCCCCCCUCCAAAAACACCAACCCCUACUCCUCAUAUCCUCAUCCCUACAGGUACGCUCCGAGGGUGCCAGUGGAGGUCGUUGUGGAAACCAUGCUGUCUUAUGUUGUUUGCUAUGCACCAGGCUACGCCAGGAUAUGACCUCAUAAGGAGUGUCUGUUUUAGGUCCACCUUUUUGAUGAAUACAAAUAAGUGGUCUUAUUUAGUGACUACGAAAUAAUUAAUGUAACCAGAAUAGUGAAAAUUACCAGUAAUAAUUUGUAAUAAUCUGUGCAGAAAGUGACUAUCAUUUCAUUGUAUCUCUAGUUGCUGCAGCUCUGCAGUACAGCCUUAAUCUGAUGUGUUUGUUGUAAAUAGUAGCAAUGUGUCCAUUGUCCACUGGCCUGCUCGGAUCUGGUUGGGCUCAGCCAUGCUGGAUCUGUCUCAGAACUGACCAGUCCAGGCCAGUAUAGACCAGUACAAACCAGUAUAGACCGGAUCAGACUAGCAACUGUAAAACAGUGCAGAUAGUGCGUUUAGAACAGCCUUGCAUUUGGAAACUGCUUCAAAACACAGCUCAACACCCUUAGAAAAGCUCAGCUCAUACUGGACACAGAAGAACAUGUGUUUUUCAGUUAGCUAAUGUUCAGAUUUUGGGUUUUUUAUUCAGUUAGUAAGCAGAUUAGUAAUGGUCAGUUUUAAUAUACUAUGUAACUAUGUAUAAACAAAUGAACGCCAACUGUCAGCAUGGAUAAUAUAAUGGUCUGAUAGGUUGCUGUUCAGUCUCAAGAUUGGUGUACUGGUAUUAGACUGGUGUACUUGCUCUAGACUGCUGUACUGGUUCUUGAUUUGUGUACCGGUAUUAGACUGGUGGUUUGGUCCUGGACUGGUGUACUAUUAUUAAACUGGUGUACUGGGUUUUAUUGAUGUACUGGUUCUGGACUGGUGUAGUGGUAUUAGACUGGUGUACUGGUUCUAUACUAGUGCGCUGGUAUACUAUACAUUUGCACUGUAAGGCUGGGCCCUAACCUCUGACCCAAGGUCGGUUUGCCUGACAGUCACCGUCAGUGGUUUAAGGUCAGAUCUGACCCCAAGUCAGCAGUCAUCACCACAUACCACACCCAGUCAACUUUGGGGAAACCAGUACAUUAACAGAGCACAAAGUAAGCUCUUCCACCUGUGUUGGCAUAUUUUGAGUUUCAAUCUUUGAAUAUUUUUAUUAGAGUUGGUUCCCCUUUCUUUGCAUGAUAUUUGAUUGUAUGCAUAAAUAUUUUAGACACACGGAAAGUUUAAUUAUAAUUGAAGCUGGAGCAAAACUUGUACAUUGUUUGAUAUGUUUCUUUUUUGUAAUGAAUUUUUGAUUCAUAAAGCAUUUUGUACAUUGUAUGAAUAUGAAAAUCUGCAAAUAUUUGACAUAUAGAAAUAAGUAAAUACUUGGGAAUGCAUAUGCAUAUAUCCGUAUGUGUUAAAAUGUACACAUAUAUUUUGUAUCUGCAUUAGUUCAUAUACAGAUAUAUGUCCUCAGCACAUACCGUAUACUUGCAAUAUAUGUAUGUAUAUCCAUGUCCGUUGGCAUGCUUUUGGUCAUGUUUAUUCUUCAUGAUCUUGUAGAUAGUUUUUCUUUUCAUUUCUCUUUCCCGGGAGAGAAACGCUUGUUCCUCAGGCUGACAGCCCUGAGAACUUCUAGAACAACCAUCCUUGACCUUGUCAUGUGACCCAUCGUGUGAAAUAAUAAAUGACUUUAUUA